UCUGAAAGUCAUAAACACAGUCUCUAUGGAUUCCAAAGGGAAGAUCAUGCCUGAACCAGCCUUAUUAAAAAUUCUGAACAGCAAAGGCAGAUUUGAGUGAGUGAAGGGAUAAUAUCUCUGAACAGACUUCUGGAUAUCUAGAAAACAAUUUAAAGAAUGACAAAGAUCACAAAAGAACUGUUGCUUCAAAGAGGAACCCCAAAAUGCUCCAAUUUGGGUCAAAUCAAGAAAAUCAAUCUUUCCAACUUGAAUUUGAAAACCAGUGACUUAGAUCCAAAGUUAUUUUCCCAGCUACGGACAUUGGAGGAACUUGAUGUGUCUGGAAAUCUGCUGACAGAAAUUCCAAACAAUCUGGGACUUACCAACCUGAGGCUUCUCAACUGUGCCAAUAAUGAUAUGGAACAAAUUACAACACUGAACCAGUUUAAGAAUCUUGAGGAUCUCAAUUGUGAAGAUAACUUGUACUUAACAAUCUGUGACAAUUACAAGGUAAUGUACCUGCUGCCCAAUCUUCGACAACUCAAUGGUAAAGAUAUAACGUCCACUGCAAAUCAUCUGAAGUUCAUCAACAGCCAGAAGCUAAUGUCUCAAGUAACUAAUUUUUGGGAGAAAAAUUACAGGAUCCGGUUCUCUAAACUCCUCCCAACAGCUGCUGAGAUCAAUGCUAUUAAAAAAGACUUUGUGAAAUGUGCAAUUGCUGAAAUAAAAUAUGGUCCAAACUCUCUGAAAGAAUUCACAAAGUGGAGAGUGGAAAUGAUAGCUAGAGAAUUUGUGAACUCCUUACUCCAGCAAGACAAGCAGGGAUCGUCUGAUGCAGCAGAAAGUAAAGAUGAGGAUGGAAAGAAAGCUAAUCACACUGAUGUCCUAAAAGGGUCUAGUAGAAAAGAUUUGCUGAGUUCUCAGACCUCCGUUGCAAUACCUCCAACCAGAAGCACUAGGUUUCUUACUGCACAUGGUACCACUAAGAGCAGAAAGCAAGUCACUUCUGAAAUUUCAAAGAAUGACACUGAAGAUGUUUCCAGUAAAAGUUUGAAAAUUCAGCUUGGAAAAGAAAGACAAACAGCUCAGAAGGCUAAGUGUUGCAACAAAGCUGGUAGAAAUGACAUGAAAGUGGAACCCAGGACUACAAAGAGGAGUUGUUCAGAAGCACCAGUUGUCAGUAAAAGUAUUCUAAGGAAGAAAUCAAAACACAAGAAUACACUAGUCCUAGAGCCUCUACAUUUUCUACAGAGCCACAGCAAGGAUAAUAAUCCCAAGGAUUUGAGUACACAGCUUUGGGCCUGUGCUUUUGAACCAGAAAGAAAGAAUUCUCAGAUUCCAGGGCUGGAGUCAUCUCGGUCUGUUGCUACAUGUGGAGGGGAUUCAGUUUGCAUCAUUGACUGUGAAACUGGAAUUGUCCAUCAUAAGUAUAAAACAGUUGGAGAAGAAUUCUUUUCCCUUGCUUGGACAACCUUAACUGUGUUUGAUAAGAAUCAGAAAAGAAACCUCAAUGUGUUAGCUGUAGGUGGAAAGAUGGGUGCCGUAAAGCUGAUACAUGUAAAAGUGAGUUACUGCUAUGGAAUGAUAAAGGCUCACAAAAAAGCUAUCUCAACUCUCUGCUUUUCUCCAAAACAUGAGACGUUUCUCUUUACUGGAUCCUAUGAUAAAACCAUCAUCUUGUGGGAUAUUGGUGUUCCAGAUUGUGAUUAUAACUUCAGAGUGAGUCGGUUGCUGGUUUUGAAAGCUUGUUCAACCCCUUUGAAGAUGAGUGUUGUUCCAACCUGCCCUGAUCAAUACCUUGUGGCUGCUUGCGAAGGUGGAUGUUUUGCCUGGGAUAUCUCACUAACUAACUAUGAAAGCAAAAGAAAUAUUAAGAUGGAAUUUCUGUUCCCAGUCUACACUAAAGAAGGUGGCAAAUCUCAAUCACGGAUUGUUGAUUCAUUGGCAUUCUGCGAUGAUAUUGUAGCUUCCAAAAGUUUUCUGCAAGGUUCUAUAUACUUGUGGAGCUGGAGUCAAACUUUAAAAAGAUGGAACAAACGUCAAACAACGGUUCAUGCAGUAAUUCUGAGAGAGAUGGAAUGGUCAAAUACAGAAGAAGUUUACAUCGCUCUCACUGCUUCUCCAGUUGAAAACUAUGUCCUGUGUGGCGAUGAGAAAGGAGACAUUUGGAUGUAUGAGCUCGAGGGGGUCACUAAUGAAGAAAUGACUUCCGGCAAGAAGACUCCACCAACACAGAUUCUCAAGUGGCCAGCCAUAAAAGCACAAGGGGAAAUAAUUGAAGGAACAUUGAUAAAUAAUGUAGCCACGGACCCAGAACUUAAUUACCUUGUAGCAGUGACAGACAAAAACAUAGUUGUUAUUUGGAAAAGAACAUAAAGUUUUCAGCAAGGAAGCAGAACAACUGAAUGUCCAGAAUCAAAAUUUGCAGCUAUCUUGACUUGAAGUGGGACUGAACGAUGCUGUAAUAGCACUGUAGUUUUGUAUUCAAAAUAAUAGUGUUUUAUGUGAGAAUUAUGAGUUUCUUCUGAAUAAGAAAUGUGCAUGUUGAAGAAGAUGGACAAGAUCGAGGAGUCAUUGAGCCAAUGUAAUAAUACUAGCCAAAUACUUGCAGCGCUGCUUAUGGUUAAGUUGAAGGCUAGACUGAAUAUUUUUAAAUUGAAUUGUAUGGAAGUCAACAUAUCGUGACCACGUAUUUGUACUUUUGUAGACAUGUACAUGGUAGUUUAUAAAACCUAAAGUCAGAACACAAUAUUUAAUGUCAUAUAAUGCACAAAACAUAAUUUUCAGCAGAAGGGGUAUUUCCAGGAUGGGAGAGAAGAGCUAAUUCAGAAAAAUUGUGAAGAAGGUGAUGCUGAUGAAAUUGCGGAAGUUGAUGGGACCAGUCUGGCUACCUUUUUAAACUUCUUGAAAAACAUUGAGGAAAGAUUGAACUGAUGUCUUUUCCUUUUCUUGUUUCCUGAUAGCACAGCAGAUGCUCUCAAUUAUAUGGACCUUGGUAUUUUGAUAUUCUUGGGUAUUUUUCUUCAAGCUACUCAUUCUUCCUUCAAAGAGUCUGAAACGAUCUGCCAGUUGUUUGGAUGUGAAUUACUUAGUGUCAGGAAUCUCUGCUUCUUCUUCUACGAUCAUCUGGUGUUUCAGUUCCAUCAGGUCCUCAUUACUUAUGAGUGAGAUUCAGGCAAAUCCUGAGAAUAUCAUCAACCAUGAUAUCAAACUCCAGGCGAUUGCCAAGUUCCACCACUUUGUUUGCCAGUGCCUCAAUAGUUUCUUCAAAAACCUUAGAAGCCAUUAAUAAUCUGAGGGCAAAGUUUUUUUCUGAUACCAUUCAUAUUGAUUUGCCUUACCUUCAUCCCCAUGCCUUUGAAAUGUUCUUUAAUACUUGGUAGAUGUAAGACUUAUAAAAUUUGUUUUUGUGUUUUAACCUCCUUUGUCUAUUGCUGUAAUGGCUUGGGGAAAAUGUCCUCUGGUGGUAGCAGGUUUCAAAGGACACAAUGACACUCUGAUUCAUAGGUUUAAGAAUGAAGGUUGUCUUGGGUGGAAAAUGCACAAACUUGAUGUUGGAAUGAAAAUCAUCCAAAUAUGCAGGAUGUCCGGGAGCGUUAUUUAGGAUUAGUAAAAUCUUGAAGGGCAGUUUCUUACAGACACAGUACAAAUCUAUCUUGGGUACAAAAUUAAUGCCAGAACUGGACCUCAAAAGGCUCAAUGUCACCCAAGCCUUAAUAUUGGACUUCCAUAUGAUUGGAAGUGAUGUCCCCUAGAUUCCCUUGAAAACUCCUAGGAUUUUCAGCAGAGUGCAUAAGCACUAUGUACAUUCGCAUCUUCCAAAGCAGCUCCAUCUCAUCAAUGUUGAAACCUGUUCGGCACUGUACCUGUGCCUCCUCUAAUUAUUUCAGCCAACGCAUCAUGAUCAACACCAGCAGCUUUCUCUUGUAAUUUAAUGUUGUGCAAAUUUGCCUUCCUUUUAAAUCUGUUUAACCAACCUUGCCUAGUGAUUAAAUUACUUUCUCUUGAUUGAGCUUUAGGUUUCAUUGAUCCUCAAGCACAAUUAAUCUACUCUUUUGUUUAGUAAUUACUAUUGCACUGAGCCCUUCACAUUGUUCCAGAAUGUAGGCUUUAUCUUGUAAAAUAGUUCCGACUGUUGAAUGGUUAUGGCCUAAUUCUUUUCCAAUGCUCGUCAGCCUCUUUGCCUUUUUCAGAUCACUUGAGUAUUGUCUAUGUUUGCCUCCCAAAUGAUGGUUUUACAUUUCUUUGUACUAUCAGCACUGGUAUCAUGUGUAUUGGGUCUGUAUGAUAACUACUGUACUGUAACAUAGCAACACUUUGAAGACUUAUGAGGUACUGUAAAUCUCCAGAGUUGCAUUGUUUCUCCUUUCUUCUAUUGGCAAGUAUGAAUGAAUGUUCACAUUGUUGGAUCCUUAAAAUUAGUAGUAUCUUAAGGGAUCGUAUUCGUAAGUUAGAUGUUUAUAAAUUGGAGUCUGCAAGUGUAUUACUGCUAGUAUGUUACAUGUGCCUUGUGUUUCUUUAAGGCCUACAGCAUGUUAUUUAUAUUCUAGCUGUUCCUCAAGUUAAUUCAGAAUCAGACGCUGACUUGCAAUUUUUAUACUCCAUCAUAGCCUCCCCUCCUAACACUGAAUUUUUAAAACCAGUUUAAAGCUACUUCUUGUUGCUGAAAAAAAUCUAUCUGUGUUAGAAAUUGUUGGCUUUCAUUGUUUCUUUUAAAUGUACUUCUUAACCACAUAUAUUUGCAUGCAUGACGUGAAAUAUGAUGGGUGCAACUUGUGGCACAGUGGUAGUGUCCCUACCCCUGGACCGAGAGACCAGGUUCAAGUGUCACCUGUUCCAGAGAUGUGUAAUAAUAACCCGGAACAGGUUGAUAGAAAAAUAGGUUAAAUUUUUAAGUUUUAAAAAUUAAGUGUGGAAAACUAGUCAUUGGAAUUUUAUAAUUCCAAGUGCAUUCACAGUCUGCAUUUCCUUCACUAAACAACACAAAGUUUGAUCUGAGGCUUUAUUAACAGAUGUGGUUCAAAAAAGACUGUACAUGACCUUCUGAAGUAAUAUAGACCUGACAACCAUGAGCAGUCAUGCAAGAUUGCAAUUCAGUAGCCCAAAGAAAAACUGGUAUGUGAAAGAAACCGUCAAUAUUGGAAUGUUCUAGGAUGGGUCACUGGACCCAAAACUUUAACUCUGAUUUUGUUUUUCCUCCACAAAUGCUGCCAGAUCUGCUGAGCUUUUCCAGCAACUUCUGUUUUUGUUCCUGAUUGACAGCCUCUGUAGCUUUUUCAGUUUUUAUUUGGAAUGCCCACAAUCUCUUAGCUAUGUAAUGAAUAAAUCAUGAGUGUUAAUCAUGGAUACGUGCUAGUUACUUCAAUUUUAUUUUGUUUCUUCAAGGUUUUACUCUUAACAAUGCUAUGUGUAGAUUCGUUCAUUUAGGAGAACUGUAAACCUUAUUCCGGCUCCCACCCUAAUAUGACUGUUUUAAUAAAUACCUGCUAUGCCUUCCUUACAUUAUUUUGUCGAUGCCUAGAUAUUACCUUCAAUUCUCUUGAUUUUUCUCAGCUUUGACAAGGUUUCUUAUGAAAGAUUGGUAAAGGCAUUUUUUUGAAGGUCCAAGUAAUCCAUUAUAUCAUAAUGUAAAAGAGAAAAUAGAUCUCAGAUGCAAGUUACAAAUGCAUGACAGAAAAUGCAGUGACUUCCUAACAG